AUGGAAAUUUCAGCCGCAAAGAAAGCUCGAUCGCCGCCGCACAUGCCAAUUGAGAUGAUUCGCCAUAUACUUUUCAAAUUGAAGAUGAAAGCUCUGAUCCGAUGCGAAUGCGUAUGUAAAGAAUGGCGAUCCACAAUAGAAGACCCCGAUUUCAAGCUCUCCUACCGCGGCGACCGGCGACUGCUUGUUGCAGCGGCGUCUGGCAUUAACUUAGCCUUUACAUCCAUCACGGCCGACGACACUCCCCGCAUCAAAACGCUAAAGGGUGAUUGGUGGUCCGGUGUUUGGUGUUGUUGCAACGGCCUCGUGCUUUUCUCCGCGGGAAAACAUAUUCUGUUGUGGAAUCCCUCCACUCGCUGCUGCACAAAAGUGCUUGAGCUUCAAAGUUUGGAGCCUUCUUGGGGGCAUCGUCUAGAUGUGGUCACAGCCUCAGGGCUAUGUUAUGUCCCGUCCACAGGAGAUUACAAGGCUGUUCUCUUACUCCGAAAUGGAACUGUUCUUGUAGCCAGCCUGAGGAAUAAACAGUGGCGAGAAGUUUCGUUUCCUUACCACGCAAACUCUGUUAGAGACGGCGGGAUUAAUUUUCACAACACACUCCAUUGGAGGGUAGCUCAUUCCGCUAGGGAUUGGUGUUCUUCACGGAGAUGCAGUAAAGUGGUUUAUUUCGAUUCAAAGAGCGAUGAAUUCAAAGAGCUGCCCACUCCCAAUUUUCCGGAGAAAAGUUGUGCGAUUCUAGGGUUGGGAAUCAUAGACGACGCCCAUCUCUGUAUGCUUCGAGACAAGAGGAAGGAAAUAGGGGAGGUUGAAGUGUUGGUUAUGAAGGAAUAUGGAGUGAAGAAUUCGUGGAUUAGUCAGUUUGUGAUCUCUGGCUCUCACUCUCUCAGUUCAGAUCUGGUUAUCAUCGUGACUUUACACUCUAUUCUUCCAAAUACAAUACACAACUGCUGA